GUGACUAAAGGGGAACACCAGACAGAAAUCAUGGGAGCCUUCCUCACUUUGUCCACCUCUGCUGUUGUCAUUCUCCUGGUAAUUUGUAGAGGUUUCUGUGUGGAUAUCAUUGGAGGAGCAGAAGUAGCACCACACUCGAGACCAUUUAUGGCCCUAAUCCAAGGAAAACAAGGAAACGUUAUUUGCGGAGGAGCUUUGAUCAAGGCAAACUGGGUGUUAACAGCUGCCCACUGUAACGUGGAAGGAGCCAAAGUUAUUCUUGGAGCUCAUUCACAGAAAGCAAGAGAAAGAGAAAAACAGUUUUUUCAGAUUGCAAAACGAAUUUCCUACCAGUACUACUGUCCCUAUUCUAAGGAAAACGACAUUAUGCUGCUGCAGCUUCAGAGAAGAGCAAAAAUUAAUAAAGCUGUGAAUGUCAUUGCCCUGCCUACCUCAGAUGAUGAUCUCAAACCAGGAACAAUUUGCUCAGUAGCAGGUUGGGGACAAACUCACAAUCAACCGAAAACGCUUUCUGAUACCCUGAGGGAGGUCAAUGUCACUGUCAUCAGUAGGCAAAUCUGCAAUGACAACAAACAUUAUAAAAACCAACCUGUUAUAACAGACAACAUGAUAUGCGCAGGGGCUAAGAAUGGAGGAAAGGACUCAUGUAAUGGGGAUUCUGGCGGACCUUUAAUAUGCAAAAAUAUGAUGAGAGGCAUCACUGCUUUUGGGAAGAAAAACAAGUGUGGUACUGUUGAUGGCCCUGGUAUCUACACUCGACUCACAAAGCAAUACCUUCACUGGAUAAGGAAAACCAUAGGAGGAGCCUAAUAGAUCAGCUAUGACCAAAUGAUUUCUUACUUUAUACUUGGGUAACAAUAUCUAGUUUUGAAAUAUGCUUUUAAAAAUAGCUUCAUUAUACUAGUAAAAGAGGUAUUCCCACACUGGAUUUUAGCAGCUUGAUAUCCUUGUAGACAAAAAUACAUACACGUGUUUUAAGAGCAAGAUGUGAUCUUAACAGGGCCAGAACACAGUGCUCUGCUACAACAGCAUUUGUAGCUUAUACUGUCAGCCAUGGAGUCAUUCAACAGGUAUUUGUGGCUCAGGCUUCCAACAUUCUUGCAUUGCACGAUGGGACUGAGCUCUACAUGGAUGAGUAUUUCUGACCAAGAAUCGAAUCCAGCUGUUUCUGCCCUCACUGCACGCUGAGUAUAUACUGCACUCUUCUGUAUCUGCAAGUAACCCUGAAAGCUAGUGCAAUGCUAGGUACAACUCCAGACACCUGAAAAACCUGGUAGUUUCUCCACAGCAAAGCUCCUGAUUUCGCAGGUGUAGGGGACUGCUAAGCUUCAGAAAAUUAAAUUUCAGCAACUGCCUUUGAUUGUGGGGCAUAGUAAGUGUGUAUUUCCUGUCUUGUAUUUGAAACCUCUAGAUUUCAUCCUUUUAUGUACUUUGCAUUUAAUAAAGCAAUGGCAAUGAAAAUCUA